GUGACGUAGGUGUGGGCGGGGUUUCGGAGAAGGAAGUGAAAGGGGAACAGAAGACACCAGAGCCGAGCGGAGCACAUACCGGACUCGCGGCUAGUUUAGCCUUCGAACAAAGUGCCAAUUUUCCCGAGUGACAACUGGUUGCCGCUUCCGUUUAUGAUUCACUUUAGUCGUAGUUGUUGCCAAAAAUUGUUAGUUGUGUCCCAUUAACAACAUCCAGGUCGGCCAAGGUUUUGGUGGCUGCGAGCUAGCUAACGUAGCGUCCAGUUAGCUGUCAGCGACCAACAGCAGCUCGCUCGUCAGCCAACCGGCGAGAAGAUCAACGGUGUGCUUUGCAAACGAAAACUCUUUGAAGAAUGGCCUCCAGGAAGAAAGUUCUCUUGAAAGUUAUCAUCCUGGGAGAUUCUGGUGUUGGAAAGACCUCCCUCAUGAACCAGUAUGUGAACAAGAAAUUCAGUAACCAGUACAAAGCUACUAUAGGCGCAGACUUUCUGACCAAGGAAGUGAUGGUGGAUGACCGGCUUGUUACCAUGCAGAUCUGGGAUACAGCAGGCCAGGAGAGGUUUCAGUCGUUGGGUGUGGCAUUCUACCGUGGAGCAGACUGCUGCGUGCUGGUGUUUGAUGUGACCUCACCUAAUACUUUCAAGACCCUGGACAGCUGGAGGGAUGAGUUUUUGAUCCAGGCCAGCCCUCGGGAUCCUGAGAACUUCCCCUUCGUGGUGCUCGGCAACAAGAUCGACUUGGAGAACAGACAGGUAACCACCAAAAGGGCUCAGGCUUGGUGCCAGAGUAAGAACAACAUUCCCUACUUUGAGACCAGCGCCAAAGAAGCCAUAAACGUAGAGCAAGCAUUCCAAACCAUCGCACGCAACGCCCUCAAGCAGGAAACAGAGGUGGAGCCAUACAACGACUUCCCGGAGCCCAUAAAACUGGAUCGAAACGACAGAGCGAAACCUUCAGCGGAAAGCUGCAGCUGCUGAGGGGCACCCGGGAGCAUCUCCUCUCUUGGCUUUCAGCGGGACCGGUCACCCGCACUUUGCUCCCAGGGAACAGCCUUCCCUGCAAGUCUUCCUCCUCCAUGUCAUCCCUCACGCAAUAAGAAGCCACUCACGAUCCGCGGAUGUACCGCCACCUUCUCUCACUUUAAACGAUUCUCUGACAAACUUGGUGUCCAAAGAUCACACAAGAGAAGAACAGCGCCCCUCUCUGGCACCCCGCCACGGUGAGCUAUUCAACUUGUCGGACCGGACGACGCUGCCAUGUUUAAAACAAUCGGGAAAAUAACUGGACUGGUUAUGCUUAGCAAUUUGUGAUGUUGGCUAAGCUUAGUCAGCGUUUCAAGAAGCGCAUAAGCUGUUUCUGUUCUCUUGCUAUAGUGUGUCAAAAGUAAUCGUCUUGAAUUAUGCGGUAACCUAUAUAAACGCAAGUAAAUUACAUAUAUUUGAAUCGGCAGAUGUUACAUCUCAAGCCAAUCUGAAACGUUUUGUUUUGCACUUUCUUGCCUUCAUAUGGUCUAAAUGUAGAGGGAUGACUGAUUUUGGGCAACAUCUGCCACUAAAUACAUGCCUUUUCUGUGAGGAUAAUAUAUACUUCUCGUCACUUUUCAUUGUUUAAAUUCCUCUGUUGAACACGUUGAUUGUACGGCCUCCUCCACCAUAGACAUAACUGCCUUUCACUUCUGCUAAUAAUCAUCGUUGGAUCGCUCCUUUCACUGUUAUUUGUGUUUUUGUCGUUCAGUGCUCCCAAAUGCCUAAAUAUGCUUCACCCACACAUUACGCUUUUCACUUAUCUGCUUGUAGCUCAGGUUGGCCAAGUACUUCAUAUUUUUAAUAGAUUGUGUUCCGGUGUAUAGACAAGUCAAAGGCUGAUGGGUGGAAAGGAAAUGUCCAGUUUGACAAAAUAUCCAUCUUUCUGCUGUGGUAUUAUUCCUUCUUGUAGAAAAAAAAAUCACUGCAAUUCCAAUAAAAUUGUCAAUUGGUAAUUUCAACAGCAAAUAAUAAAACUCUUGAAUAUA